AUGACUCGCUCGCAGCUGGUGACGGUCCCGCAGCUGCUCGAGGCUGUCCGGAGUGGAAGCAAUGUGGUGGGACUGGGAUCGCUGGCGGUGACGAGGUCGAGGGAGUCUACCUAUGGAGACUUUUCGUACACGUACUUUCAGUCUGGCUUGGACGUCCUCACCAGGAGAAAGGAUGAGGAGACGGAUCUGUUCCUCUUCUUUGCGCCCUUCUCCUUCUUCCUCUGGCUCUCCAUCAUCGUCACCCUCUACUUCUCCGGCCACGUCAUCUGGUUCCUUGAGCGCAACUACCAGCCGACUGAGUUCCCGCGGACGUACUGGGCUGGAGUCAACGAGGGCGUGUGGUACUGUUGGGGCAUCCUCACCGGGACCGGUACCAAAGAUCUUAUCGGCUUUCCCUCGCGCAUGUACUCGGUCGGCUGGUCCACCCUCUCGGUCAUCAUGGUGGCGGCGUACACGGCCAACCUGGCAACCAUUCUCACAGUCCGCCAGCUGCAGACCGACAUCUCGUCGUUCCAGGAGCUGGGCGGUAAGACUGUGGGCGUGGUGUUUGGAACAACCGGCGAGGCCUUUGUCCAGUCUGCGCUGCCUAAUGCCAACGCCCGGGUCUUCACCUCGAUCGAGGAGGCGUUCACCGAGCUCGACCGAGGCAAUCUCGACGCAGUCAUCCAUGAUGCGCCGGUCUUGCUCUACCUCAAGAUCCUCCUCGACACUGGCGACAAGCUGCAGCUUCUGGGCAACCAGCUGUCGGACGAGCAGUACGCACUGCUUCUCCCGUCGGGUGACGAGGCGCUGCGGACGGAAAUCAACUCGAUCCUGCUCCUGCUGCAGGAGAACGGGUUCCUCGACUCGCUCUACCGCAAGUGGUUCAACCAGGUCGAGAAGCCAGACGACGCCUUUAUCUCUGAGCAUCCGCAGGCGCUCUCGUUCCUUGCCAUCUCGGGCAUGUACAUCACGCUUGCCUGUGCCCUCGUCAUCGCCAUCAUCACCUACUGCUGCUUGCGUGCCCGCAAGUGGAUUUAGCCGCUACAUAAAGCAACGCACGACACGUC